AUGCGUCAGCGAGCAGUUGAGCUGCGAACAACGCAGGUCAUCCAAUCCUAUUUAGUCAGUACGCUGCGGCCAGAUGCUGACCGCUCCAAGGUGCGAGAAAUCUGUCUGACAGCCGUCAGCGUCUGUGUAGAAGCUCAGCUCUGGCCAGUGCUGCACAAGACGGUCUUCGAAUGCUUCAAGGCAACGGGGCACAUGCACAUCUACUGUGCAGCUCUGGAGCCUUUCAUUCUUCAUGGAAGGACUCUUUAA